AAUCACAAAUGACCCCAUCAGAAAUCCAAACUCGUGAUUAACAUGGGACUCAAGACCAGGGGGAAAAAAAAUUAAAAAGGUUAAGAGCCAGAGAAGCAAUCUUCACACAAACGGCAGCCAGCAGACGGAGUUGGUCCCAGGCAGGCAGGUGUCCCGUGGCCUGACCCUACAAGAUGCCAAGAGAAGAGGCUCACUUCUUCUAUGGUUCCCCCAGGAAAGGGCACAGCCACUCUUACAUCACGGCUGAAGAGGCUGCAGGGAUUGGCAUCCUGAUAGUGAUUCUGGGAAUUCUACUACUUCUCAGCUGCUGGUAUUGCAGACGACGAAGUGGAUACCGAAGCUUGAAGGACAAAAACAUUCAUGCUGGUACUCAAAGUACGCUAACAGGAAGAUGUUCACAUGAGGGGCUUGGUCAACAGGACAGCAAAUUGCCUUUUCAAGAGAACAAUUGUGAACCUGUGAUUCCCAAUGCUCCACCUGCUUAUGAGAAACUGUCUGCAGAACAGUCACCACCACCUUAUUCUCCAUGAGAGCCAGCGAGGCCUUGAGAGGUGCUGAAAUGAUUUCCCUCAUGCUUUUGCUUGAAUUUGAUGUGGAUAUGCAAUGUUAUGCUUCAGAAUGCUGUAGAAACAAUGUAUAUGAUCUCUACUAAUAAGCUAAGUGUCAAAUUCUUUGUAGGGCAACUGAUUGAGGAAAUGAUAAGAAAUGUUAAAAUGGGAAAAACUUUGUCAAUAAACAUUGUAAUGGAUUGAUACUA